AUGUGGAAGGGCAGGAAGGCUCUGCAAUGUCUUAUUUCAGUUCUUCUUGCCUACCUGACUUCUGCUUCCUCACUCUAUGGACAACCGAAGUAUAUGGCACUGGUCCCUACCCGGCUCUACACUGAGACCCCUGAGAAAAUCUGCUUCCAUCUAUACGACCUGAAUGAGACAGUGACUGUCAGAGCCUCUUUGCAGUUUCGCUCAGGAAGCAGAAGUCUGUUCAAUGAGCUUGUGGUUGACAAGGACUUGUUUCACUGUGUCUCCUUCACUCUCCCCAGAGUCUCAUCUUCCUAUGAGCGGGGGUACCUGUCUGUCCACAUUAAAGGACCAAAACACGAAUUCAGCAAGAAGAAUAUGAUGUUGGUGUGGAACAAAGUGAAUGCCGUCUUUGUCCAGACAGACAAACCCGUGUACAAACCAGGACAGACAGUCAAAUUCCGGGUUGUCUCUAUGGAUAUAAAUCUGCACCCUCUGAGUGAGUUGUUUCCUCUGGCUUACAUUGAGGAUCCAAAAGGGAACCGCAUUAUGCAGUGGAGGGAUGUUACCACGGAGACCGGGCUUAAGCAGCUGUCCUUCAGCCUAUCCUCAGAGCCCAUUCUGGGGUCCUACAAGAUAGUGAUACUAAAGCAAUCAGGAGAUAAGAAAGAGCACUCCUUCACCGUGGAGGAAUUCGUGCUUCCCAGAUUUGAAGUUCAAGUAAAGGUCCCAAAGGCCAUCUCGAUACAAGAUGAAAAGCUCAACGUGACUGUGUGCGGGAUGUAUACCUAUGGGAAGCCUGUGCCAGGACAUGCAAAGAUACAGAUAUGUUAUAAAUAUAAGGAGCAUAUCAAGAAUAAAGAGACUGGAUGCAGAGAAAUCAGGAGCCGGCUAGACAGCAAUGGCUGCACCACACAAGAAGGAAACAUCAGCAUGUUUGAAUUAAAGCAAAGGUAUUAUAGAGUCCAGCAUCUUCAAGUGGACGCGAAGGUUAUAGAAGAAGGGACAGGAUUCGAGUUCACUGGAUCUAGGAGAACUGAAAUUGAAAGAACAACAACCAAACUCAUAUUCGUGAAAGCAGACUCACACUUUAAAUACGGGAUUCCAUUCCUUGUGAAAGUCCGUCUAGUGGAUCCCAAAGGAGACCCCGUCCCAAAUGAGCAAGUCUUCAUCAAACCGCAGGAACUUGGCUACACGAAUGUUACUACCACGGAUCAGCAUGGCCUGGCAAAGUUCUCCAUCAACAUCACCAACGUUGACAUACAUUCCCUCACUAUCAAAGUCUACCACAGGGAGGAAAGUCCUUGUCAUUUUUCCCCUUGCGCAGCUGUCGAAUACGCAGAGGCGCAGCACGUAGCCCACAGUGUCUACUCCUACAGCUGGAGCUACGUCCACCUGGAGACCGAGGCGGGUGGCGUCUUGCCCUGCAGUCAGACUGAGACAAUCCGGGCACAUUUUAUUCUGAAGGGGCCAGUCUUGAGAGUGCUGAGAGAACUCACUUUUUAUUACCUGGUCAUGGCCAAGGGCAGAAUUAUCCGGACUGGAAAGCACACACACCACACGGAGCCAGGAGAAUCUCCAGUGAAAGGGAACUUUGCCCUGGAGAUCCCUGUAGAGUUGAGCAUGGCGCCCGUGGCUAAGAUACUCAUCUAUGCCAUCUUGCCUGAUGGAGAAAUGAUUGCAGAUUCUGCAAACUUUGACAUUGAAAAGUGUCUUCCCAACAAAGUGGACCUGAGCUUCACUCCAGCCCAAAGUCUUCCUGCCUCACACGCCCAUCUGCAGGUCACAGCUUCUCCUCAGUCCCUCUGUGGCCUGAGAGCCGUGGACCAAAGCGUGCUGCUCCUGAGGCCUGAAGCUGAGCUCUCCCCUUCCUUGAUACACAGUCUGCCAGAGAUGAAGUUAAUCAACCGCCCUCAAACUUUGGAUCACCUACUCGAUGAGCCAUGUGUGUGGACUGGAGGUGAUAAGGUUAAUCAUAGCAUCGUAUACUUAAACAGACUGGAGAAGGGUGUCUACAAAUUCGUGGAGGACAUAGGCUUAAAGGCGUUCACCAACUUGAAGAUCAAACCUCGUACAUUAUGUUUUGAGCGUAAAUAUUUUCAUCUGUUGGCAGCAGCGCCUCUUGCCAUGUAUAAGAGUGUGGCUGUCCCAAGAGAACCCAAGCAUAAGGCAAAGCUUAAAAAUCCACCUCGUGAGGAUCCACCUCGCAAAGAUCCACCUCGUGAAGACCCACUUACCGAGACCAUUCGAAAAUACUUUCCUGAAACCUGGAUCUGGGAUUUAGUCACAGUAAACUCAUCGGGAGUAGCUGACCUGGAAGUGACCGUCCCUGACACCAUCACUGAGUGGAAGGCCGGAGCCCUCUGCCUGUCCAGUGACACUGGACUUGGCCUCUCUCCUGUGGUGUCUUUCCGAGCCUUCCAGCCCUUCUUCGUGGAGCUCAUGAUGCCCUACUCUGUGGUCCGUGGAGAAGCCUUCAUGCUCAAGGCCACCGUGCUGAACUACCUCCAAAAGUGCAUCCGGGUGGGUGUGCUGCUGGAAGACUCCCCUGAUUUUACAGCUGUCCCAGUGGCAAAAGACCAAGAUUCUCACUGCCUCUGUGCCAAUGGGAGGCACACCACUUCCUGGUUGGUAACUCCCAAAUCAUUAGGGAAUAUGAACUUCUCCGUGACUGCGGAAGCGCGACAGUCCCCAGAGCCUUGUGGUUCCGAGGUGGCCACAGUUCCUGAAACUGGGAGAAAGGACACGGUUGUCAAAGUCUUAAUAGUUGAGCCCGAAGGAAUUAAGAAAGAACAUACCUUCAGUUCACUGCUCUGUGCAUCAGAUGCCGGGAUAUCUGAAAAAGUGUCUCUGGUGCUCCCACCAGCGGUAGUGAAAGACUCAGCCAGAGCACACUUCUCCGUGCUGGGUGAUAUUUUAAGUUCAGCCAUAAGAAACACGCAGAAUCUCCUCCGCAUGCCCUUUGGCUGUGGGGAGCAGAACAUGGCCCUUUUUGCUCCUAACAUCUACGUACUGAAAUAUCUGAAUGAGACCCAACAGCUGACUGAGAAGAUCAAAUCAGAGGCCAUUGGGUACCUCAGUGCUGGCUAUCAGAGGCAGCUGAACUACAAAAACAAAGACGGCUCCUACAGUGCCUUUUGGGAUCGAGGUGGCCAAGGAAACACUUGGCUCACAGCCUUCGUGUUCAAGUCUUUCACCCAGGCUCGAGCCUUCAUCUUCAUUGAUGAAACACACAUCACCCAUGCCUUCACCUGGCUCUCCAAGCAACAGCAGGACAAUGGCUGUUUCAGGAGCUCCGGGUCGCUGUUCAACAAUGCCAUGAAGGGCGGAGUAGAAGAUGAAGUGACCCUCUCUGCCUAUAUAACCAUUGCUCUUCUGGAGAGUUCACUCAAAGACACGCGUCCUGUUGUCUCCAAAGCCAUGACCUGCCUGGAGACAGCCUGGAAGACAAUAGAGCAAGGGGGAAAUGGCAGCUUCGUGUACACCAAGGCACUCCUGGCGUAUGCUUUUGCUCUGGCAGGGAGCCAGGAUAAGAGAAAUGAAAUCCUGAAAUCACUUGAUAAUGAAGCUAUAAAAGAAGACAACUCCAUCCAUUGGGAAAGGCCUCAGAAAGCCAGAAAGUCUAAGAGCUAUCUGUACGAGCCGCAGGCUCCCUCUGCUGAGGUGGAGAUGAACGCCUACGUCCUCCUCACUCUCCUCACUGCCCAGCCAGCCCCAAGCCCUGAGGACCUGACUUUGGCAACGCUCAUUGUGAGGUGGCUCACAAAGCAGCAGAAUUCCCAUGGCGGCUUCUCUUCCACGCAGGACACCGUGGUGGCUCUCCAUGCUUUGUCCAUGUACGGAGCAGCGACUUUUACCAGAAGUCAGAAAACUCCUUUGGUGACCAUCCAGUCUUCAGGGACAUUUUCCAGAAAGUUCCAAGUAGAGAACAGUAACCGCCUGUUACUGCAGCAAGUCUCACUACCAGACAUCCCUGGGAACUAUGACAUCAACGUGUCAGGGGAAGGAUGUGUGCACACUCAGACAACGCUGAAAUACAACAUGCACUUGGAGAAACAGGAGUCUGCAUUCGCUCUGCGGGUACAGACAGUACCUCUGACCUGUGAUAACCCCAAAGGCCACAACAGCUUCCAGAUCUCACUAGAAAUCAGUUACACAGGGAGCCGCCCAGCCUCCAACAUGGUGAUUGUUGAUGUGAAGAUGGUAUCUGGUUUCAUUCCAUUGAAAGCAACAGUGAAAAAGCUUGAAAGAUCAGAGCACGUGAGCAGAACAGAAGUGAGCACCAGCAAUGCCUUGAUCUAUGUGGAUCAGAUGACCAAUCAGACACUGACCUUCUCCUUCGUCAUUCAACAAGACAUCCCAGUAAUGAAUCUGCAGCCUGCCAUUGUGAAAGUCUACGACUACUAUGAGACAGAUGAAGUGGCUUUCGCUGAAUACAGCGCCCCCUGCAGCUCAGGUAAGCACCUAGCACUCCUUGCGGGCUGUAUCCCCUCGACCUGGGAACCACCAGUUGACGGCCAGGUGACCAUGAUGGGCUGUAUCCCCUCACCCUGGGAACCACCAGUUGACAGCCAGGUGACCACAAUGAACUGUAUCCCCUCGACCUGGAAACCACCAGUUGAUGGUCAGGUGACCACAAUGAACUGUAUCCUCUCAACCUGGGAACCACCAGCUGAUGGCCAGGUGACCACGAUGGGCUGUAUCCACUCAACCUGGAAACCACCCACUGACGAACAGGUGACCACAAUGAACUGUAUCCUCUCAACCUGGGAACCAACAACUGAUAAUCAGGUGUUUAAACACAUGAGCCUGUGGGGACAUUUGAGAUUCAAACCCUAA